AUGAAUUAUGCGUUGACGGGUAAUCGUAUCUGGAUUCGAUGGGAUGACAAUUUUCUUGAUGUUACUGUGGUUGAGUUGAGUACACAAUUUUUACACUGUCAUGUCACUAUCCGAGCUCUUCAGGAAUCAGUUGAUAUUACUGUCAUUUAUGGGGCUACAGAGCUAGCGGACAGACGAUCACUUUGGGAUUCACUUAGUACAAUUGCCAUCCAGUGCAUGGAUACUCCGAGGCUAGUCGGAGAAUGCCGGAUUGUUACCUCUACCCAUGCAAGGAGAAUGGGGCUAGUCGGAGGUGAUUUUAAUGCAGUACGUGAUCUCAGUGAAGUCUGUGGAGCUUCUGGUGACAUAUGGCCUGCAAUGGAGGAAUUCAAUUAUUGUAUCCAGAAUGCCGGAUUGUUACCUCUACCCAUGCAAGGAGAAUGGUACACGUGGCACAAUUGUAGUGCAAGUCCAUCGAAGCGACUUGAUAGGAUGCUCAUUAAUGAUACAUGGAUUGCCCGGUUCCCCACUUCCACAUAUUUGAGCCUCACCCCACGUACCUCGGAUCACUCACCACUAGUGUUAUGUGGGGAUAGACAGCAGCAGUUGGGAGGUAUAUUUCGUUUUGAUAAUUAUCUUACCCGCUCACCAAAAUUUAUUCCCAGUGUGCAGAAUGUUUGGAAACAUGAGGUAGUUGGUGUACCGAUGUGUGCGGUAACUCGGAAACUUAAAGCACUGAAACCAAUUUUCCGAGAACAAAGGAGAAAUAAGGGAGAUUUAUCGCACAAUGUACAGUUGGCAAACGGAUUUCUUGAGGCGGCACAAAACCUGGUUAGUGCCAACAGGCAGGAGGAAGUAUUCUUAUACUUGGAGCACUGUUGUCGGAUGGUUUUGGCCAAAGCAGCGAAGCUCGAACAAAUCAUGUUACAUCAGAGAGCAAAAAUGGAGUGGAUGAAAGAUGGUGAACAAUGCUCUAAGGUUGUCCUUUUGGGAGGACAAAGAAGACGGGACGUGAUUGAUAUUCAGUUCCUUAGACCGUGGGCUAGACAUCUGGUGACUGAAGAUGAAACCAAUUCUCUGUUAUCACCAUUCACCCCCUCGGAUGUCAAAGAGGCAGUGUUCGAUAUUGCAGAGGAUAAGGCACCGGGUCCUGAUGGGUACUCGUCAGGCUUCUUCAAAGCUGCCUGGCCGAUUGUGGGAGGCAAGUCACGCCUACCUCCCAGAUGCGCGUUAAAAGUUGACAUUAGAAAGGCGUAUGACUCAAUUGAAUGGGACUUCCUAGUUGCAGUUUUGGAACUUUUUGGGUUUCCACCAACAUUCAUCAGGUGGAUUGAGGAAUGUGUCACUACACCAUCCUUCUCAGUGGGAUUGAAUGGAAAGCCACAUGGAUUCUUUUCGGGUGCAAGAGGACUUCGACAGGGUGAUCCUCUAUCGCCGUACCUCUUUGUCCUAGUCUUGGAGCUGGGAUUUGCUGAUGACAUGUUGUUAUUCUGCCGUGCGGAUAUAGACUCUAUUGAGGUCCUUAAGAGAGGGCUGGAUCGAUUUGCCGUUUGGUCGGGCCUCCGACUGAACGUACAAAAAAGUCAUCUUAUUAUUUCACGGUCAGCACAGGGUUUACGUGAGGAGAUGCUGGAAGCACUUGGAUUUCAGGAGGGACUCCUGCCACUGAGGUAUUUAGGUCUACCUCUAUUAUCCUCCAGAUUAACUAUUGCUGAUUGUCAACCAUUAUUGGCGAAAAUCGAUAAACGUAUUGCUGGUUGGGAGGGAAUGACACUUUCAUAUGCCGGUAGGGUACAAAUUAUUAAAUCUGUACUCAUGUCGUUGAGCUUAUAUUGGACUUUAGCGUUCAUUUUACCAAAGAGAAUUACGAACGAAAUUGAGAAGAGACUGCGAAACUUCUUAUGGAAGGGCUCAACAAAUAGUGGCUAUGCUAAGGUAGCAUCGAAAGAAUUGUGUAGGCCGGUGGACGAGGGAGGUCUUGGGUUCAAGGACAUUACUACCUUGAAUCGAGCCUUAAUGACUAAGAAACUCUGUGAUAUCAUUCAGUGUGAUCGAACCUCUAUUUGGGUUGAAUGGCUAUACCAUGACCAGUUACGAGACACUUCCAUAUGGACAAUCCGAGAUCAUGGAAGUUCAUGGAGUUGGAGGAAACUCCUACGUCUACGGAUUUUUCUCCGCCCUAUGGUGGACAACCAAAUCGGAGAUGGGCGGAAGUUUCACCUUUGGCAGGACCCGUGGCAUUACCUCGGACCUUUUAUUGAGACAUUUCCACGUGGAUCGAGGCUCCUUGGACUUGAGAAGCGCUUCCCUCGACUGGCCAAGGGAUACGCCACAGUCUAUACAAGGCACAUGCCAAACUUAUUGUCCAAAAAAUUGAGUGUGAUAUUGGACAAGAUUAUCAGCCCCUGCCAGGCAGCGUUUGUCCCUGGCCGGAGCAUAGGGGAUAAUGUUAUGUUAGCACAGGAACUCUUCACUGGUUACAAUCAGGCCCGACUCCCACCGAGAUGUGCUUUGAAAGUUGACAUUCGGAAGGCGUAUGACACUGUCGAAUGGGAUUUCCUGCUAUCGGUGCUUCAGCUUUUCGGUUUCCCAGAGACUUUCAGUCGAUGGGUUGAGGAGUGUAUCAGUUCACCUUCCUUUUCGGUGGGGAUGAACGGAAAGCCACAUGGAUAUUUUGCGGGUGCCAGAGGGCUUUGA